UCAAAUUCUCUUCGCCAACAUGAGCACUACAGAGCCGAGGUGUAUAAGUGCUGCAGUAGGAAAGGAUUCCUGUCGAUGCAGUAAGGGCAGACGCUAUACGACAGUUUCCCUUUGUAUUUCAUUUCUGGCACUGGGCACUUGUAUAGCUAUCCCCGGCCCUACUUUGAUUGAUUUGAGAGAACAGGUCCAAACUUCAGUGGAAUCAAUCACAUAUGCCAUAAGCGGCCGAUCAGCUGGAUCAAUGGUUGGCUCCAUACUUGGCGGAUUCCUCUACGACCACAUGAACCAUCACCUAUUUUUGAGUGUGAUCAUGAUCCUGACGUGUGUUGUUACGGUUCUAAUUCCAUUCACAAAACAUCUUUCUUGGUUGGCUGUAUGUUUGGCAUUGCAGGGGGUAACAACUGGUUGUUUAGAUACAGGUGGAAGUGCCCUCUGUGUCAACAUUUGGGGGAAAGAAAAUGGACCUUACAUGCAAGCUUUGCACUUUACGUUCGGUAUUGGGGCUCUUUUGGCACCAGUAAUAGCCGAACCCUUUUUAUCGAAAAGAAUGAGUAUAGGCGAUAAUGAAACAUCCACGUGGAUUUUACCUAAUGACACUUCAGUGGGACAUGGUGAGGACGAAUCCCUCUCGAGAAACAAUAUGGCCAGUGUGGCAAUGGAGCUUCCAAACGAUACAGCUCUUUCGAUUCAUGAUGAUAACAGAAACGAAACACUCAUUUUGAAUACGAGAGAAAUGUGGACAGAAACAGAUAUUGCAUAUGCUUAUAUUGUCACUGCAACACUGCUAUUGUGUUCUGGUGGGCUUUUUAUGGUAACCUGUAUUCAAGAACAAAGUUGUUUCUCCUGGAAAAGACAAGAUGCCAAAAAAAGAAAAGGAAGUGAAGCGGUUCGAAACGAUCCCAUAAUCUUUAAGGGCGUGUUUUUGGUCCUUAUGGCGUUCUUCUAUCUUUUGUAUGUUGGCCUUGAAUUAAGUUUCUCUGCUCUUGUGACAACCUUUGGAUUCAGAAUUUUGAACUGGCCCAAACCUAAGGCAGCACACCUGACCACGGUUUUCUGGGGCUUGAUGUCUACGUCAAGAGGUUUUUCUAUCUUGUUGUCAAAAUUUGUGAGUUCAACAAUUAUGAUUGCAACAGACCUUGCACUGAUUGUCGUUGCUAUGUUACUGUUGACAUUUCUGAUUGGCAAACAUGAGAUUGUGAUGUGGUUGUGUACAGCAUUAUAUGGGUUAGGGAUGGGUUCUUUGUUUGCCGCCGGAAUAUCAUGGGCAGAAAGAUAUAUUCAUGUGACUGGAAAAACUACGAUUAUGUUUUACGUGGGAUCUUGUGUAGGAAAGUUAGGUUUCCCGCCAAUUUUUGGCUACUUCUUUCCUAUUAACGGAAUGUAUUUUGUGUAUAUAAUGCUCGGUGGUGCAAUUGGUAAGGUUUGCCUGUUUCUUAUACUGUAUGUGCUCGCACAUAAGCAAGGUGAAAGAUACAUACCUGUGUGCCAGAAACAAGAGGAUCUUGACAAUACACUCCCCAUAAGCACAACAAAAUUGUAA